GCAAAGGCAGCCAAAUAUUUGUCAAACCUAGCAAUCGUUGCCUAGCCAAAAGCUCGGUGUUUAAAGUAAUAUACCAUUAAAAAAAAUACAUUUCACUCAACUAGAGCCGCUCACGUGUAUGCUAGGUGUUUAAGUUUCCCCGUGAGCAAGAUGUCAACCCCAGCAAGACGGCGUUUAAUGAGAGAUUUUAAACGGCUGCAAGAGGAUCCUCCAGCAGGGGUGAGCGGGGCCCCAUCAGAAAACAAUAUCAUGGUAUGGAACGCUGUCAUUUUUGGACCAGAGGGAACACCUUUUGAAGAUGGAACCUUCAAACUUACCAUUGAAUUCACAGAGGAAUAUCCAAAUAAGCCUCCAACAGUGCGAUUUGUCUCCAAAAUGUUUCAUCCAAACGUGUAUGCAGAUGGCAGCAUAUGCUUAGAUAUACUUCAGAAUCGUUGGAGUCCAACCUAUGAUGUGUCUUCAAUCUUAACUUCAAUACAGUCUUUACUGGAUGAGCCAAACCCAAACAGUCCAGCCAACAGCCAAGCGGCCCAGCUGUACCAGGAAAACAAACGGGAGUAUGAGAAGAGGGUUUCUGCUAUUGUUGAACAGAGUUGGCGUGACUGUUGACCCCAGUUAUCGUUGGAGUAUGAACAGUGUCCAGCCCCAAAUCAAGAAACCACCGAUCAAGAAAACAACAGAUCUCACAGAAAUAAAAUAACACAUCUUAAAAAAUCCUUCUCAGUAUAUUUGUCCCAUAAUUGUUGCUAAGUUUGUAUGCUGUUGUGUUGUGGCAUUCACUCCUGCCGAAUGCUAUUGUUGGGCAAUAGCGUAUGUUUGUUAAAAGUUAAUGUACCUUGUUAUAUCUGGGUUACUUGCUACAUGCCCCAACUGUUUUUCUUUUUUUUUUUUAAACAAACAACAAAAAAAAAGGUAAUAGCCGGUCUCUCAGAUGUCACUUUUCUACCCGUUUCUCUAUACAUGAAGUAAACUGGUUGGAUGAUUCAGUGACAGUUUAUUAGAUGUGCUUGCUGUGUGGUUUGCUGUGUAGAUACCAACAAGUUCAUAUUUACAACAAACCCCCCCCCCCCCCCCCCCAAAAAAAAAACAAAGCUGUUCAUGGGUGUUUCUCCUCCUGUUUCAGUGGGCUCACUCCUUUUUGGUUUUGUUCUUUUUUGCCUUUUUAAAGCCUUUCAGAUGAAUCACUUCAACAGAAAAUUAACCUGGCGUGGACAUCCAUCCCUCCAACAAGUUGUUGUCUCAACAGAUGCCUUAGGGGGUCUUUUUUCUUUCAACUGUACUUGUAAAGCCAUGCCUUUUGAUUUAAAAAAAAUGUUAUAGAUAUUGGUGAACACGUAAUGUCCCUCUUCAACACAGAAACAAGACAUAUAGUGCCCUCUGUGGACACUUAACUUUGUUUCACGCAGAUUUUCAUAAUGCUGACAUUUUAAAGGCUGUUUGAGGACAUUUCUAUGCUAUUUUACAAUCUUACAAAUCAGCUGUCAUAAUAAGCUGAUCAUACUGUUUAAACAGGAUGGUGUCUGUUUUCAGAUUAUAAAACUUUGCACUGGUAACCCAUGUAACAAAUUGUACAUUUUCUUGUAAAUAAAAUAAAUAUACAUUA